UUACCUCGUUUCCACAAUAACCCAUUCAACUAUUGCAAUAACUAUUCGACAAAUGAUUUCAACACGCAAAAUCUUGAGACACUCGAAUUGCUCUUUUCGAAGUAUACCAAUAUUACUGAUAUUUUAAAUCAGUUCUGGUCAGUUAGCAAUCAAGUCUUCCACGGUUGAUACGUGAUGCCUAACAAUCGAUUAUUCUUCUAGUUACUCUCGUGUGUCUUAGAUUCAGUAUAAAUAUAUUUGCUUUAUAUUUAUAUUUCUAUCUGCUACACGUAAAAAUUCAUUCUACCUCUGUCUCCCAUCGAAAUAUGGAUGAUAGUAACUCCAGCGACUUCAAGAAUAAAAAAGUGCAUCCACAAUUAGAAUCAAGUCACUUGAAUAAUAUUUUUUUUGGUUGGGGUUUGAGAAUAUUAUACAAGGGAUGGAAUAAAGACCUGGAUGAAGACGAUCUUUACCAACCCUUCGAGGAGCACGAAUCCCACAUUUUAGGCGACCAACUAGAAGAAAUAUGGAAGGAGGAAAAACUGAACAAGUCGAAUCCUUCUUUAGCACGAGCGCUAUGGAAAAUGUUCCGAAGACGGAUAUUGUGGCACGCUUUCUGGACGUUUGUUCUGGAAUUUGUUCUGAAAUUAUCCCAACCGAUAUUUGUAGGAAAACUCAUGACUUUCUACGAGCCAAACCAGAAGACCGUAUCCCCAAACGAAGCCUAUUUGUACGCGUCACUGAUCGUCUUCACCUCCCUCAUGUACGUCUUGAUCUGCCACACAUUCUACCUGGACGUCCAGCAUCUGGGAAUGAAGAUGAGGAUCGCCUGCUGUUCCCUCAUUUACAGGAAAACGCUGAAGCUGAGCAAGAAAGCUCUUGGAAAAACCACCAUCGGGCAGAUGAUCAAUCUUUUGUCGAACGAUGUCAAUCGGUUCGACACUUGGUUCAAAAACUUCCAUUUCCUGUGGGCUGCCCCGAUUGAGGCGCUGGUGAUAAUGUUCAUGCUCUUCCACGAAACUGGGCUCAACGGACUGACGGGGUUCUCGGUGUUUCUUGUUUUCAUUCCUUUGCAAAUGCUAUUAGGAAAAUUAACAACGAUAUUUCGACAAAAAACCGCUGUAAAAACAGACGAACGAGUGAGGUUGAUGAGCGAGAUCAUAAGUGGCAUCCAAGUUAUCAAGAUGUACACAUGGGAAAGGCCAUUUUCCAAAUUAGUAGAAGAAGUUAGGAAGGCAGAAAUUGACCAGAUGCAACUGGCAGCCUACAUAAAAGCCUUCCACAUGUCCUUCAACAAAUUCAUCACCAGACUAUCAGUAUUUUUGUGCAUCGUAUCCUACACCUUCACCGGCCACAGAGUAAACGCCAAAUUCGUAUACGUCAUCUCCUCAUUCUACAACAUCCUCAAGUCUUCUAUAAGCACAGAUUUUCCGCAAGGAGUCAGCCAGAUGGCAGAAGCUCUGGUAACGUUGAACAGGAUCGAACAGUUUCUUCUUUUCGAAGAAGUCCACCCGAAGGACUUCAAGAUAUCCUCCAAGUCCGCCAAGAAAAUCUACACCUCUACGCCGCUGAUCCAUGGAUCCUGCAAGAAAACGGUGGGAAUUUAUCUACAAGACGUUUGUGCCAAGUGGUCGAGCAACGAUGAUAACACCAUAAAGGAUAUAAAUUUCAAUGUGGGGCCGAAGCAAUUGGUGGCGGUUGUUGGCGCAGUAGGUUCUGGCAAGUCCUCCCUACUUCACACCAUUAUGAAAGAGCUACCACUAACCAAAGGCAAGAAAGAUGUUGUUGGCAAAAUAUCCUACGCUUCCCAAGAACCUUGGCUCUUCGCAGGUUCGAUCAAGCAGAACAUUCUCUUCGGCGAGGAGUGGGACCUGAGAAAAUACGAGAAGGUGAUUAAGGUCUGCGCCUUGGAGAGAGAUUUCUCUAUCCUACCCUACGGCGACAGAAGCAUAGUGGGAGACCGAGGGAUCACCCUGAGCGGGGGCCAAAGGGCUAGAGUUAACUUGGCCAGGGCCGUGUAUAAGUCUGCCGAUAUUUACAUACUGGAUGAUCCACUUUCAGCGGUCGACACUAAAGUGGGAAAGCAACUGUUCGAAGAUUGCAUCUGCGGCUACCUCAAGUCUAAAUGCACCAUCCUCGUGACGCACCAGCUGCAAUACCUGAAGAACGUCAGCAAGAUCUAUGUUAUGGAGAACGGAACGUUCGCUACGUUCGGCACCUACGAGGAAAUUCGGAAAUCCUCGAUGGAGUUUGCCAAGCUGUUCAAGCACCACAUCGACGACGAAGAAAUUGAUGAUACCAUCGAUGAGCAGGCCUCGGAGGAGACGUGUCUGAAGGAGCAAGACGAGCCGAUGGAGCUCAAGGAGUUCAGGAACACCGGAGACUUCUCGUGUAGAGUGUAUGCGGCCUACUUCAAGGCUGGAGGUGGUUACUGUUCUUUCAUCUUCGUUUUCCUCCUAAUCGUCCUCACCCAGAUUGUGUCAAGUGGAUCGGAUUAUUUCGUUAAAUACUGGGUCAACUUGGAACAGAACGUCUUUCAAAAGGAAUACAAGAAUAACACAUUUUUCGAGUCGUAUCUGGACGAUGUGGUGAUGGAAGGACAGUUCGAUAUAAUUCACAACAAUCCAUUGGAUAACAAAGCCGUUGAGGGCUUCUACACUACUUACAACUGUAUUUACAUCUACUCUGCGAUCAUUUCUCUGGUUAUUGUCCUCACGAUUUGUAGAUCGAUUUCUUUUUUCAGAAUGUGCAUGAAAGCCUCUAUCAGAUUGCACAACAACAUGUUUGCUAAGGUGUGCAACGCAACUAUGUUUUUUUUCAAUACCAAUCCUUCGGGAAGAAUUUUGAACAGGUUUUCCAAGGAUAUGGGAUGCAUCGAUGAGGUAGUGCCACUGUGUCUCAUAGAUACAAUGCAGAUCGCCUUGAAUGUCAUCGCAGUAAACAUAGUCAUAGCAACUGUUAACCCAUGGAUAUUGGUUCCCACUUUAGUUAUGGUACUCAUUUUUUAUCUAUUCAAAGUCAUUUACGUUUCUUCUAGUAGAAAUGUCAAGAGAAUGGAAGCGACAACUCGCAGUCCCGUUUUCUCCCACAUUCACGCCUCUCUUCAAGGAUUACCAACAAUACGAGCUUUCGGAGCCCAGCAGAUCCUUCGGAAGGAGUUCGAUCGUCACCAGGAUCUUCACAGUACGGCGUAUUACAUGUUCCUGUGCUGCAACGGAACUUUCGGAUUCUGGUUGGAUCUGUUGUGUGUCGGAUACAUCUCGCUGGUCACUCUCAGUUUCUUUUUCAUGGGAAACGAAACGUACGGUGGAAACGUGGGCCUCGCAAUCACUCAGGCCAUGAGUUUGACUGGAAUGUUCCAAUGGGGAAUGCGUCAGUGGAGCGAACUGGACAACUCAAUGACGUCAGUAGAAAGAGUAGUGGAAUACACGGAAUUAAAACAGGAGUCGACCGAAGAGAAAAAAAAUCCCCCGAUAACUUGGCCCGAACAUGGAAAUCUAGAUUUCCAGUCGGUGUAUCUCAGAUACGCCACUAACGAACCUUAUGUCCUGAACAACCUCUCUUUCAAAAUCAAACCCCGAGAAAAUGUCGGGAUAGUCGGGAGAACGGGAGCCGGAAAAUCUUCUCUGAUCUCGGCUCUGUUCCAGCUGGUGGAAAUAGAAGGAAAGGUGCUCAUCGAUGGGAUCUGUACCAGCGAUAUACCUCUGAAGUGUCUACGAUCGAAAAUAGCUAUAAUUCCGCAAGAACCGGUGCUCUUUACUGGAACCGUCCGCUCGAAUUUGGAUCCGCUGAAUGAGUACACGGACUUUCAGCUUUGGAGCGUUCUUGAAGAAGUUGAACUGAAAGGUAUGGUUUCUGAUAUGCAGUUGGGUCUGGAAAGCAAAAUCGGCGAAGGAGGAUCAAAUCUGAGUGUAGGCCAAAGACAGUUAGUUUGUUUGGCAAGAGCCAACCUGAGGAACAACAAGAUUCUCGUGUUGGAUGAAGCCACGGCCAACGUUGAUCCUAAAACUGAUUCGUUGAUACAGUCUACAAUCAAGAAAAAAUUCGCAGACUGUACUGUUCUGACUGUAGCUCACAGGUUGCAUACAGUUAUGGAUUCUGAUAAAGUACUGGUGAUUGACGGAGGCUCCGCUGUGGAAUUCGAUCAUCCUCAUUUGCUGCUGAAAAAUCCCGAAGGAAUAUUUUACGGUUUGGUAAGAGAGACGGGAAAAGCAAUGGCUGAUCAUCUUAUUGAAAUCGCAGAAAAGAAUUUCAAGUCAACUCACAAAUGAAUGAAUAUUCCAAUUCGAAUGGAAAGCUGAUAUUUCAUUGUGAUAUGUUUACUAGUUUUUAAGUGUUGUUACUGUUUUAGGUAUUGAAUUGAAAUUUCAUAAUAUGUUUUUAUGUUAGAAUUUGUACAUAUUACACGUUAUUUUAUUAGA